GUGUCCAUCUAUUAUUCUUUUGCCUGGAGACAGACCUGCUGGUCCUCUGCAGAGAGGCUGGAAUAAAUGAAAAUUCUGGUCCUGUGAGGAGGCUAGGAAUUUCGGGGUGCCUUUCAGCACAUACUCUGAUCCUUUUGACUUUUUUCACCAUCUGGCAGAGAGUUUUAUUUCCACUUGAAGAGAGGGCUGAAGACUUGAAGCCCCAGGUACACCUUUCGAGAACUGAGGAGCAGUGAAAUAAUGAUGCUAAAAGGGCAGGCGCAGUAGAAUCUGCUUGUUGAAUUAAAGGUGAGUCUUAGAAUAAGGCAUUCUUUAAAAAACAACAACCCAAAACAAAAAAAACCCACUAUUCACAGUGUUCACACCUUGCAACAGUUCCAGAUUCAACCAUCUAUAUUAUACCUCAUAGAAACAUAGAACUGUAGUGUUGGAAUGGAAUGAAUGUUGUUGGUUAUCUGAGGGUGGCAUUGAAACCAGAAGAAGGUUUGUGUUUGGCCAGGUGUAAUCCAGACUGUGUCACAUAGCAAUGGAGAGUCAUCAAAAAUGGAUUUGAGAAUUGAAUCUGAUGUUGGCUUCUCAAAAAAACCCCACCCACCUUAUUUGGUCUGAGGCUGCCACCCUAGUGGUACCUUGGGUUAAGAACUUAAUUCGUUCUGGAGGUCCGUUCUUAACCUGAGGUACCACUUUAGCUAAUGGGGCCUCCCACUGCCGCUGCGCCGCAAUUUCUGUUCUCAUCCUGAAGCAAAGUUCUUAACUCGAGGUACUAUUUCUGGGUUAGGGGAGUCUGUAUCCUGAAGCGUCUGUAACCUGAGAUACCACUGUACUCCAGAAUCCUAGGUCUCCUGGGUCCUGCUUGCUAGUUCCCCAUCUGAAAAGAUAGAUAAAAAAAAAAACUUGUAUUGAAUGGCAUUUGUACAGUCACUUCUUUUUUCUUGUUCUCCCUCUGCUCUGGCAAUACAGAUUUUGCCUGCGAGCUCAGCAGAGCAUGUCUCCUUCCCUUUCUGACUUUUGUUGUUGUUGUGUGCAUUUUAUCUCUAUUACACAUUUCCUCCAAAGAGCAUCUUCGGACCAGACUAGACAAUGCACUUGUUGCUAUGCCCUUUUUAAAAUAAUAAUAAAAACAACAACAACAAUAACAGUAUAAUUGUAAGUAUGGGGAACUUGAUUUUCAUUGGGACUGUCGUGGAGUUAAACCACCCUCAGUAUGUGCCCCAGUGCCCUAUCUAACCCCAGCAGCAGAACGCAAGCAGCAUAUUUAGUGCCACAUCUAGUCUUCAUAACAUGCCAUACAUUUAAAGCACAUGACUUCUCCCAAGGAAUCCUGGGAAAUGUAGUUUGUUAAAGGGCUGGGAAUUGUAGCUCUGUGCUUUAAAUGUAUGGUGUGUACACAUUUACUAGAGCAGCCUUUGCCAACAUGCUGCUGUUCAGAAAGAAUCAUAGAAUUGUAGAAAUGGAAGGGUCCUCUAGGGAUCAUCUAGUCCAACCCCCUGCAAUGCAAUGUUGUACUACAGCUCCCAUCAGCUGAGACUGAUGGGAGUUGUGGUCCAAUGACUUCCAGAGGGCGCCAGGUUGGUGAAGGCGAGUAAACCCCACUGAGCCCUGUGAGGCCUAGUUCUGAGUAAAGAUGCAGAGGGUUGCAUUAAAAGCCUCACAGCUUCCCUGCAAUGGGCUUCAUUAUUUUCCUUCUCCCAUCUGGUUUUCCCGUCUCCAUCUCAAGGGUCAGUCGGUGCUCAGUGGUCACUCAGCAUGCCCAGUCCUCCUUGGACUGUUUUGGAGGUUUCCCGCCUACCACUUCCGCUUUAGGGCCAUCGCACACCCCCUCCCCCCAAAACGCCUGCUUGAUCCCUUCUUAUAACGCAGGUGUGAGGGAACAUGUGGCUCUCCAGAUGUGGCUGAACUACAACUCCCAUCAUCCCUUGCCAUGGACUGGGCUUGCUAGCAUGAAUGGAAGCUGGAGUUCAGCCCAAAGAUUCCCCAUUUCUGCUUUAGAGAGCGGAUAGGGCCAUUUUGGCAACGUAAAAAUCCACACGUUGGCCUCUGAACUCAGAAAUGGAGAGAAUAAUUUUGUAGGAGGACACCAUGAGAUUUUCCUAAGAGAGAGAUAAUAGGGCAGAUAGAAACCUGUCACACAAGGUCUGGGUAUUUGUAGGGUACAUCUUCCUUGUUCCAGCUUUCAUCCCUUUCAAACGUUAGAUUGAGGUCCACAAGGAUGUUUUGUGUGUGGCGCCCCCUGGGCUAUGGAAUUCUCUUCCCUCUCUUUUCCAGCACAGCUGAAAAUGUGAUUAUUCCUCUGAGCUUUCGCACACUGUUUUCAUUGUCACCAGCUUUUAAAUGUUAAAUAAAUAUUCCUUUCAAUACUGUUUUUUAAAUACUUUUCGCCGCACUGUGGUUUUAAACUUUUAUAUUUUUUUAACAAACUAGGUCAUCCUGCUGAAAGGCAGUAUGUAGACAUUGUUCAUAUAUUAUCAUUAUUUGGAGCUUGCCAAGGAACAGACAGAGAGGUAUUAUAAAAGUGUUACUUUGCACAACAGACAAACAGCAUGUGGUAGAUGUUGGUCAGAUAAUGUCUGUCAGUAUCCUCUUUUGCAGGCCUCCUAAAUAGAGGGGGCUGGGGGGGGCAGAUAGAGCUUGAUUUGUAAUGCAGAUGCAGCCUUUGAGCAUUACAGAUCAAAACUAGCUGGGAGCUCUCCUCAGAGGAAUCCUGAAGAGAUCUGCUAUCAGAGAGAGAGUGCCAAGUUUGCCUGUUGAAGCAAAAACAACAACAAAGCAUCUCGUUGAGACACCUAAAAAGACGAACACGUUUAUUAUGGUUCAUUCUUUCAUGGACAGCAGCUGGGCUUCCCAGACUGAUCUGUGCUUCGUUCAGGUGGUUCGCAGUGUGUCUGUGGAUUCUUGGUCGAAGAUGGGAGACGGCACAUCCGUCACAUUAAAUAUUCAUAUUUAUUUUUAAUUGCAUUUUAACGGCUUCUUUUAUUUCAUGGAUUUUAUUGCAUUACAAUUUGAAGUCUUUGGAAUGUAAUAAAAUACAGCGCAUAUGAAACAAAAAGCCUUUAGAAGUCACACAGCAUCUAGCACAGCACAUUGCAAUUGCUACAACAGGCAGAAAAAUCAUGGUUCACCAAGAUCCUCAGCAAUUUUCAAGUGGUCCAUAGCAGAAGAAACUUUGGGGACCUAGAGAGCCCACUUCAUCGUGCAGAAAAAGUCUCCGUGUAGAUACUUUAAAGCACAUUCUUUCCCCUCAAAUAAUUCUGGGCACUGUAGUUUCUUAAGGGAUGCUAGGAAUUGUAACUCUCUGACGGGGGCUAAACUACAGUGCCCAGAAUUCUUUGAAGGAAGGCAUCUUCUUCAAAUGUGCUUUAAAGGUAUAGGAUGUACACAGCCUUAGGCAUAAAGCAGGUUUCAGGUUGCACUGAGGAUGCCAGAGGAAAGAUUCCACCAUGGCUGUUAUGCCAUGAGAAAUGAUCAUGUUUUCCUUCAUGCCUGCUUUGUGCCUCACAAUAGGAACAUUACUCCAUUUAAUUUAAUAUUGUCUACACUGGGUGGCAGCAGCUGUUCAGUGCAAGAUCAGGCCUGGUAUUUGAGAAGUAAGGGAGGCAGAGGCAGUCAAAAGAGAUUAACUGCAACAAUAGUUCAAAGGCUCAUGCCUGAGAUAAAUUCAAGAUUGAUUCAUUGUUGUUGUUUGUUUUUUUAAAAGCAAGCGAUAUAUUCUAGAGGCAUGUAAGAUGUGGGUCCUAAGACCCUUAAUCCCACUCCUUAAAAUACAAUCUGAACAAAAUUGGUGAAGCAGCAAAGAGUUUAUUGAAUACAAUAUGUUCUUGCAAGAGUGGGUGUCCAAAGUAGGCAAACCCCAGCUUUGUCAAAGCAUAAGCUUAUAUUCCCUAUACAGUACAGUAGUACCUCGGGUUACAGACGCUUCAGGUUACAGACUCCGCUAACCCAGAAAUAGUACCUCGGGUUAAAAACUUUGCUUCAGGAUGAGAACAGAAAUCACGUGGUGGCAGCGGGAGGCCCCAUUAGCUAAAGUGGUGCUUCAGGUUAAGAACAGUUUCAGGUUAAGAACGGACCUCCAGACCGAAUUAAGUUCUUAACCCGAGGUACCACUGUACCAGAAGCACAGGUUCCCCCCCCCCCGUCUCCCCAUUGGCUGGGUACUACAAAGUUUACAGCCUAUCACAACCACCUAAUUAUCCUACCAACAUUCCCACCUCUGUUCACUCUGAUUCACCCUCUACAUUUCUUUAUUAUUCCCCUUAUUUGGUCUAUGUUCCUAUGCAAUUACUUGCUAAGCCAAGCAAAAAUACCGCCUUCUGAUCACAAGCUCUAACAUCUCUAGUUAACAAGUGGGAGUUGAUCUGGACUGCUGACAAACUUGUCUACUUAUUACAACCACAUCCUGACCACAAGCUCUAAAUAUCUCUUAAGCUGUCUGGACUGCAUACAUUUGUUUGUUUACCUGUUACAUUUGUAUGUGAAAAAGCAACAUCCUCAUUUCUCACAGGGCAUUUGUUGUAGUUAUUUAUUUAUACCUCAUAAUUACCGGCAACAUUAACAACGCAGGUCAAACAGCCACACUUUCAUUUCUGAGGGGAAAUGAUGUGAGCAUUGGAGAGACUGGGUUGGCAUCAGAUUUCAUGGGCCUCUCAGCAUUUUGCCACCCAGUGUCCCCACCAACACACACAACCUAUUUCCCCUUUGGUCACGGAGCAUUUUUUCCCCUUUUGCCACAGCCACCAAGGCCUCAGUAGUGGCAGCAACACCACUCACUGAUGCCCUGCAGUGUUUUCGUGGUGCUGCUUUUGAAUGAGAGCCAAAGCUAGAUUCCCAGCUGCCACGGCUGCUCGCCAUCUUAAUUUAACCAAAUCCAGUGCCCCAACUGUUAAGUUGUGGGUGAACACAUCAGACGACACAGCGAUUCUUCAAACAGCUCUUGUUUAUUCACAGGCCCAGAACAGAACUGGGCUGAAGGGUUCAGCCAACCUGCUUAUAUAGAGCUCAACUACAAAGCAACAGUAACAACUUUCUGUAACUAUCCAAUCACUGAACGUCACUUUCAAUUCCUUAUUUGCAUAUGUGGACCUGAGUGAAAACUAUCUACAGUAUCCCCCUGCUCAUUCAGGGUGAGAACUUCAGUGCAUAACACCAACCUAUAGACCUAAUGGAAGCGAUAGUUUUCUAUAGCUGCACAGCACACAUCUUUAUAAAUGUCAGCCAGGGCAUUGCAUUCUGGGUGAAUUAAAUGGGUGGGUGGAUUCUGUGAAUGAAACCAAGCUUGGCUCCCACCCCAAAGCGGCACCACCACCCACCUACUGCUCAGACAGCUGUCUGGGGGCCUGGCAAGAGGGCAGUGAGCCACACUGGGGCAGUGAGGAGCCCUUCUGAGUCCCUGGGACUCUCAGCCAGAACCUGACCUGGCUGACCAUUGGCACCAGGCCUGGACAUGAAUAUACAGUAUUGAUAUAAGUGUUUGUUUGUACCUGCAGCAAACAUCCACCAACACCAGUUCUUGGUUGUUUCCCCCCAAGGGGGGUGGGAAAUAGCUAGUCAAUCCCUUCCCAAUGCCACUACUACCCCUUCCUAGUGCCAAUACUACCAUCAAAAUGUCUUCCCCCCAACUGGAUUUCCCUUAAAAACCAAACCAAACCAAACCAAACCAAACCAAACCAAACCAAACAAAACACUGUGUAUCACAGCAUUGGACUACACUACAGGGUUUUUAUGAGUCCAAAUGGUUACCCAGUAUUGCCAAUAAAUUAUCGCUCAUAAAUUUUGCACCCCUGGCAGCUCCACUUUUGACCGUCUUUCAUUACAGAAUGACAGCCUUGAGGUUUGCAGCAGAAUGUCUUAGGAAACAGAAAGUUUAUCCCGCUGGCUUCUGAAUGUUACAUUUUUUAAUUUCCCCCAGAGAUUUGACCAGUUUAUGCAAUGUAGAGCAUAGUUCCAUGAUAGGGGCUAGGAAUUUUUGGGUGCCUUUCAGCACAUACACGGACUUCCUUUGUCAGCUGGGCCACUAUGUUUCCUGUGUGCUGGAGGCACCCAAAUCCUGGAGUCCCAGGUACACAUUUCUUCAAGGAACCAAAGGGUGGCCUUGAACAACCAACCUUCUGAUUAACAGCCAGAUGCGCUGAUCCAUUGCCCCACCUGAGGAAAUGAUGCCGAAAGGAUAUGAGUAUUAUAUGAGCUAUGAUCUAAACCUGAAGUAGAAACUGGAUCAGGCCAGGCGGCCAGAUUAUUAUCUCCCUCGCCUGCUGUGGGUCAAAAUUGUCAGGAGGGUGGUGUCACCCGCUUAUCAACCAGCAAAUUUCACCAUCCGGUUUGAAAUCAAACUAUGUGAGAUACAUGGGUGGAGGGGGUGAUGCCAAAAUCAGAAUGGAGUUUGGCUGUGUACAUCUUAACAGCUUAAAAUGCAGCUAGCCUGCUCUUUUUCUGAAUUCGGAUCAAAGCUGGUUCAGAUCAAACCUUGUGUAUACCACUUCCAAAAUCAGUGGUGGGAGUGUAUUGGAUGUGGAAUAAACGGGAGUGUGGACACAGCUUUGAACUAUGAGUAGAUUGCCAGAGUUUCUCUUACACACCUCUGACAAUAAACAUUUAUCAUUUGAUAUCCUUUGUUGCAAUUAGUUAAAUUCUGUGUGGCUUAUAUGUUGGCCUCUGGGAUGAAGCGAAGGACUUGAUUUGUUUGGAUCCAUAUAUGAGAUAUUCCUCUUACGUUUUUUUAAAAAACAAAUCUUUUACUAGUGUGGUAUUUCCAUAUGAUCCAAAAAUUAUGUUAAAACCAAUUGUUUCCCAUUGUUUAAAUUGUCGACAAUUGUCCUGGUUAUAAAAAAUGGGGAUGAUAUAAGAAAGGAAUUAGCAGGGAAAUGGGUUUGUGUGCAUGUAAUUUUUUAUACCAUCUUUUCCAUAUUUUUUCAAUUGCCAAUAGGCAAGGGUUAUCUAAUUUUUCAUUUGUCUUUGGAUUACGCACCAGAAAUGUGAUACUUUCCCAUUUUAUGGCUCCACUCUGGCGAGUGUUCAAUUUUUAUCCAUAUCUAAGCUUUAUUGCCUUGAGCAAUGGCAAUUAGAUUCUUAGUGUGUACUACAUCAUGGCAAUAUGUAAUAUUUGGGAUACUCAGAGCCCCUUAUGAUGUUUCACUCUAUAAUGUGGAAAGCCUGAUUCUGGCUUUCUCCCCACCUCAGUGGAUAAAUGUGAUCAUUAACUUUUGCUAGGUUUGCUAGGCUGAUAUCAUGGCUGGAAUGACUUCAAAAUUUUGUCAUCGUUUUGGGGGAAUUACGAUUCUUGUUGCAGCAUUUUUUUCCUGAGCCAUGGAAGUUUCAAUUUGUCCCAGUUUAUCAGUGUUUGUUUUACAGUUUUGAUACGGGUUAAUACUUUAUUGUGAUAAGCCAAUUCAAGAUUUGGGGGGAAUUAAUUUUCCUAAAUAUUUUAAAGAUGUUGGACGAACUUUUAAGCCUAUAGCUGGUGGGCGUGAGACAUUUAUACAUAACAUUUCUAAUUUUUGAUAGCUGAUUUGCAGUCCAGCAAAUGCACCAAAAGUGUAAGGUAUCAAUUCCUCUGGGUUCGUGAUCAUAAUGGCAGUUCGAACACUUCAAUUCACGGUUAUAUACCCUUGAUGUCACUAAAAAAGGAAUAUGGCAGUGAACCCAUUUGCAAUCAGGAUUUAUUACAAUUUAUUUCCUUAUGCGAAAAGAAGAAACUGAUAUUGCAACACAUUGCAAUCAAGUGUGGCUCCAGAUUAAUCCCAGUGGAAGGGACCAGGAGCCAAAAUCCAUUCCCCUCUCUAAUAUAUUUAUUCAAAGAAAGGAAGAGAAUUUGGCACAGGCCCAGCAUAAUUAGGAGCUCUGCACAAUUAAUCCCGGAAGAAAGAGCUGAGCCUCUUCUGAUUUCACAAACGGGAGCUUCGCUUCUCUACCUUACAAAUAAAUAAAUAAAAAUGACUCCUAUUCAGUCUCCCCACGGCUGGAUUCUGGAGUGUGGAAACACAGCGAGAUCUCCCGUGUGCAGUCUCUGGCGUGGGUAGUUUUCUGAUCUCUCAACAAGAUGCUGAGAUGCCCAACCCUGCCUCACAUUUUGCAACACCCUUUGAAGUGAGUCAGCCGACCACAACCCCUUAGGGACAACCCUGGAACCGUGACAACCCUGGGGAUCAACUGCAGGAACAGUUGUCCACAGUCCAGGUGAGUAGAGAGAAGAGGUGACACAGAAGCGUGUGCAACCAUGAGGGAGGGAAGGUUUGCCAGUGCUUGAGGAGGAGAAUAAAAGCAAAAGGAGAGGCCCUGCUGCUUAACCCUGCGGCUCCUGGGAAGAAGCGGAGAAGCGAAGAAGCAGAGAAAGGAGAGAUUGGGAAGGUGCGUAAUCUUAAGGAAGCGGGAGAACGUCGGAUAAAACAAAGAUGGGGAGAGGAUGUGCAGAGAUUUCUGCAGAAAUUAGGAUAUGCACAAGAGAGGGAAGGGGGGGUGUAAGCAAGCAGCAGGCACCUGCCCCGGGGUCGCCGUUUGUGAUAUGCCUGCCCUGUCUUGCUCCUGUUCAUCUCUUGCUGGUUAGUAUAGAUACAGUAUAGGUAAGAAGUUUGCAAGGUAAUACAGUGGUACCUCAGGUUAAGUACUUAAUUUGUUCCGGAGAUCUGUUCUUAACCUGAAACUAUUCUUAACCUGAAGCACCACUUUAGCUAAUGGGACCUCCCACUGCUGCACGAUUUCUGUUCUCAUCCUGAAGCAAAGUUCUUAACCUGAGGUACUAUUUCUGGGUUAGUGGAGUCUGUAACCUGAAGUGUAUGUAACCUGAAGCGUAUGUAACCCGAGGUACCACUGUAUGUGAGUUUGUAUGUUUGCAGACUGGAGGAGUGUGAAGCAGGAGGGGAAAGGAAGCGAGAUGGGGGGAGGCAUGAAAGGAGGAUGAAGACAAGAAUGUGUGAAGGAACUAUGAGAGACAAUGGGGUACAGUGGCUAGAGUGUUGGACUAUUUUUCUUUGGCGAUCACUCGUAGCUGAGUGAACAUGAACAUGGUUUCAACAGUGAGUCCGUAAGUGACUGUGGAGGCCAAUUCUGGAUCCACAAGUCCUUCCACAGUAGGGAGAUAGGUUUCCGGGCGGGAGCUGAUCAUGGUGAGGGUUUGCUAAGCGUGCCUUCCUCUUAGUGCGUUUCUCCCUUUCAUACUGAGUUCGAGCAUCUUCAAAACCAUGACACCUUUGGUAAACUAGGACCUGGGUGGCCAGGGUUCACCUCCCUACUCCAUCAUGAGGUUUGCUGGGUGACCUUGGACCAGUCACUGCCUCACAGCCUAACCCACCUCACAAGAGGGUUGUUGUGGGGAUUAAAUAAGAAGGGGGAGAACCAGGUAUGCCACCUUGAGCUCCUUAGAGAAAAAGGUAGGAUUUAAGGGGGGGCAGUAGCACUAAAAAAAACCUAAAAGGGGAACAAGGAACGUGGGCAAAGGAGGGAGAGAGAAAAGCAAGUGUGGGUAGAGAAGAAAUAGAAGAAGAAAAUACAGUAGUACCUCAGGUUAAGAACUUAAUUCGUUCUGGAGGUCCGUUCUUAACCUGAAACUGUUCUUAACCUGAAGCACCACUUUAGCUAAUGGGGCCUCCCGCUGCUGCCACACCACUGCCACACGAUUUCUGUUCUCAUCCUGAAGCAAAGUUCUUAACCCGAGGUACUAUUUCUGGGUUAGCGGAGUCUGUAACCUGAAGCGUCUGUAACCUAAAGCGUCUGUAACCUGAGGUACCACUGUGUACAAGAAGAUGGAGGAAAGAAAAACACGUGUGGGGGGGGGAUGAGAUGGAAAGGCAGGUGAGAAAAGGGCAGAAAUCUCAAAUACAAAUCUGUGGCAUGACCACAUUUGGAAAGCAGUUCUGGUUGCCUCACCUCAGAGAGGAUAUUGUAGAGUUGGAAAAGGUUCAGAAAAAUGGCAACCAAAAUGAAUGAGAGGGUGGAGCAGGUCCUCUGUGAAGAAAGGUUUGCAGUGUUUGCAGACUUUCGUUUAGACUGAGAAAAGGAGAGUAAGAGGUGCCACCACAGAAGGUUGCGAAAUUUUGCAUGGCAUGGAGGAAGCAGGUAGAGAAAAGUUUUCCUCCCUCUCUCAUGACAACUGAGCUUGUAAACAUCCAAGGAGUGAUAGAAGGAAGCGUUUCACACAGCACAUCGUUAAACUAUGGAACUUGCUCCCACAGAAGGAAGUGACAGCUUUAAAAGAAGAUUAGGCAACGGAGGAGUGGGCUGCCAGUGACUACUAGCCAUGAUGCCGAUGCCCUGCCUCCGUGGUCAGAUGCAGUAAAUGCUUCUGAACACCAGUUGUGAGAAACCACAUGAGGCGAGACUGAUCUUGGGCUCAGCUUCUACUCACGGGUUUCCCACAGGUAUUUGGUUGGCCACUGUGAGAACAGGACACUGGACUGGUUGGGCCAAUGGCCUGACUCAGCGUAAGGGAGUGUUACGGAAAUGACGGGGGGGCACAUCUUUAUAGUUAUUACAGUGGUACCUCGGGUUACAGACGCUUCAGGUUACAGACGCUUCAGGUUACAGACUCCGCUAACCCAGAAAUAGUACCUCAGGUUAAGAACUUUACCUCAGGAUGAGAACAGAAAUUGUGCGGCCGCGGCAGUGCGGCGGCCCCAUUAGCUAAAGUGGUACCUCAGGUUAAGAACAGUUUCAGGUUAAGAACGGACCUCCAGAACGAAUUAAGUUCUUAACCUAAGGUACCACUGUACAAUGUUACAAAUAUCAUGCCUGAAUGUGUCCUUUCGACUUGACAGCUCAGGAAAGAUACCUAGCUUUAUAAAUUCGUAGAAAAUCCAUACUUUAACCGACUCUCCUCAUUCCAAGGCCAUUUUAACCCUCGAAGAAUUUUGGCUCCACCUCCCUCCAUGAACCCAGAAGCAGGAAGUCAAGUAGGCAGCAGGAACAGGGCAUCCUGCCAUAAAUCCCCAAGUGUGAGAGUACAUACAGGGCACCCCACCCAGGGAGUGACCAAGGGGGCAACAGUAGACAUUCCCAGAGGCAGUUUAGCAAGUCAGGUGUUCUGAAAGCCCAUCUUCAGACAAGUCCUGAGGGAAAGGAUAUGUAAAGAGUUUUAUUGUUCUUUCGGUGAUGGGUACUUAAGAGGUGUUGGGAAAGGUGUCUGAUAAAGUGACCUAAUCGAAACAAAAUAAAAAAAGAUCCUUCCAGUAGCACCUUAGAGACCAACUAAGUUUGUUAUUGGUAUGAGCUUUUGUGGGCAUGCACCCUUCUUCAGAAAGUGCCCUAAUGUUGAACUUGUGUAACCCUUGAAUACCCCUCCCCAUUUGUGACAUGCUAGUGAUGAUGCAUCAAUGAUGCUGCUCAAAGUGUAUUCUGGGGGAAAGAGGGAAGUUCUAAAAGAGGUUGUCACCCCACACUCGGGGUUCUUACUCUUGUGGGGAUCGGUUGCACAACAAUAUACUGACCACUGUUUUGCUCCUAUAUUUGGCAGGAACCUCCUUCCUUUCUGACUGUAUAGACCCGUGGGCUUUGCCCCGACGAGCUGGGCUGUUGGGUAGUCUCUCACCCCAGAAUUUUCCUUAACAGGCGCUUCCUCCAUUCCUAUCUGUGACCUUCCAGAUGGGGCAGGACUGCAGCUCUCACUCUUCCUGGCUACAGUGGUACCUCGGGUUAAGUACUUAAUUCGUUCCGGAGGUCCGUUCUUAACCUGAAACUAUUCUUAACCUGAGGUACCACUUUAGCUAAUGGGGCCUUCCGCUGCCACCGCACUGCCAGAGCACGAUUUCUGUUCUCAUCCUGAAGCAAAGUUCUUAACCCGAGGUACUAUGUCUGGGUUAGCGGAGUGUGUAACCUGAAGCGUCUGUAACCUGAAGCGUAUGUAACCCGAGGUACCACUGUAUUGGCAACAUUGGCUGGGGUGCUGGAAGUCCAUCAACAUCUGGAGGGCCACCUCUGGCUUAAUGCACACCUGCUGGGUUGAUGAAGAGGGAUGUCAAUAAGGACAACUGAACAAUUAGUUCAGGAAAUUGACACACUGUCCUCUCAAUUGUAAACAAAUGAGGUGUCCCUUCCACACCCAGCGACCCAUACAGAUUAACUGGGACCCUGUCAUCACAUUGGGUGGAACUUUCACCUACUUUCUUCCAAAACAUUGCCUGUGCUAUUUAUUUGGUACGCUGCCUUGGACACCUCAGUGUGGCAUCUGUGCAAUGGGCGCCUGGUCUGCUUUGAGCAAGGGGUGUUUGUGUACCACUGGGUUCAGACUCUGGACUAUUGAAAAGGGCCAACCGUUAGCUGUGUAACUGCCCAGUCCCUGGGGCUAGGAGAAGAAGCUAGCAUAUCUAGGCAUCUUGCAGUCUCCUUGAGUUUAAUUAUCUUUUUUCCUCAAGCAAGUUUGAGAGCUGUGCUCUGGAGCCGGCAAAGACAAAAAUAGAGCUCCUGUGUUUAUUUUGACUACUGUAGGUUAGCUCCUAAUUUCUCCAGGGAGCAGCGUUCAGGGAGACCAAGUUACCUGGUUGCUUUAGAUGUGCAGUGGUUUAUAAUUGGAGAAGUAGAUGGCUUUGUGUGGAAAAGUCUCCCUUCCCCUCUCUACCCUGCAGACCUAGAACUUUCUGCAAAUCCCCAAAUCUGUAGCAAAAGAAAAUUGCUCCUCACCCAAAUGUGCAGAUGGAUUAGUUGCCUUUAAAUCAUCAUCAUCAUCACCACUGCCACCACCACCACUAUUUGGGAAACAAGUGUUUCCCAAACAUCAUUUAGCGAAGAAUACUUUUGAAUUAAAAUUAAGGGCACACGUCCCCCUUACAUCCAUCGAAGGCAAAAGAAUACAAAUUACCUGUCCUGAGAGGAGCUCUGUGUUUCUAUGUGAAUUACUGUCCUGGGUGUGGAAGAAGGCAAGAUCGGAACAGUGACUCAUACAGAGACAUAAUAGCAACCUCCCUUUCUGGGCAAGUGGCUUUUGUUGGGAAUCAAUGAAUGAUCCAAUCGCAUCUGGUGCAACAACCCAACAAAAUUAAUCCAACUAGAGACAGAGUGGAAGAAGGCAAUGCUGGAGCAGAGAAUGGUGUCAACUGUCUUGUCUGUUGGUCCUUAGCUAGUGAGCUACUACUGUGGUGUAAUGCUCAGUGUGUCAGACUAGGAUUGGGACCACUCCAGUUCCAAUUCCUCGCUCAACCACGAAACUCACUAGGUCACCUCCAAGGCUUCCUGUGGGGACAAAAAGAUUUCUAAGUGUGGAAACAGGGCAUGGCUAAUGCUUCAUGCCCAGCCUGCAAACUCCUCAAGGCUCAUCACAUACAGCUAGAUGGACCUAGAUACCACACCAUGUAUUGAAAGCACUCUUACACCACAUGGAGAAUUCUGGGAACUGUUUAUUAAACAGAACUACCCCCCCCAACCUUCUGUAUGGGGUUAAAUGUAGCAAAUGCAUUUAUUUAAUUUCCACAAGUUUUGUUUACUUUAAAUAACGAAAUGCCCUUUGUCUGGUGUGUAUUAUUCAUUUUUAAUAAUAAUAAUAAUAAAAAAUAAAAAGAACUUGUUUAUGCAGACAAAUGUUACCCCGAGAUAAGAGUCAACCAAUAACUUGGUUGUUGUGUCUCACAGCCUAACUUGCCCUUCAGGGUUGUUCUGAAGGUAACACCAGAGGCAGAGAGAGAGAGAGAUCACUUUGGAUGCUACCUUGAGCUCCUUUGGAGGAAGAGUGAGGUUGACAUAUAAUGAAUAAUAUUACAGUGGUACCUCAGGUUACAUACGCUUCAGGUUACAUACGCUUCAGGUUACAGACUCCGCUAACCCAGAAAUAGUGCUUCAGGUUAAGAACUUUGCUUCAGGAUGAGAACAGAAAUCGUGCUCUGGCAGCGUGGCGGCAGCAGGAGGCCCCAUUAGCUAAAGUGGUACCUCAGGUUAAGAACAGUUUCAGGUUAAGUACGGACGUUCAGAACGAAUUGAGUACUUAACCCGAGGUACCACUGUAGUCUUUUACACAACAUUUGAUAUUUAUUCAACUCACUUUCAGUAUAAUAAUUUCUUACGUUUUGACUUCCCAUCCUUACGCCCAUGAUGUUCCUGUUUGUAUUCCUUUAUCUGAUGCCAUAACUUCAGCAGAUAAACUGCCAUUUAUUUUCUAAUGUAUUAUAACUUAUAUUACAAUCAUUACUUCCCUUGCCUAUUAUUCAAAUCCUGCUCGCGAUUUCAAUUGAAGCGGGGGGUGGCGCCAAAGGGGAAUGCACUCCUCAACGAAGUUCUCCUCUUUUUGAUAUUUUAUUGUUACUGUCAACUUCGCCAUCUCUGCAUAGUCCAUUAACUUUAAAAUCCAUUCUUCUUUCGCUGGGACUUCUUUUUCUAUCCACACCUGCACAUACAGGAUUUUGGGUACGGUAACAGAAUACAUAAAGGACCAUCUCUUUUAGAACCUCUGUCCCUGUGAAUUAUUGUUCUUAACACACACACACACACACACACACACACACACACGUAGCAAACCAUUGCAGCCAGUUUUUGAAGACAUUAAGCAACCGGUCUCACACAGAAAACAGAAGAGAUACAUGCAUGCACACAAGCAGCAGAGAUGCAUUGGAAGCAACCAAGCCCAGCUGGCCUGAUGCAACAAAGGGAAGAGCUCCUGCGCCUUUAGGGAUUGCGUAGAAGAGGGGCUUGCAUCAUUUCAAACCACACCCGAAACCCCUUCUUUUUUGCACAACUAUUAACGGUGCCGGAGCCUUGUUCUCUUCUGAAUUAGGGCAAAGCUAAAUCAGUAAAUCACACAGCGAGACCUGUGGGCAGGUGUUUGGGACUCCUAGAUGGAUUACUUCAAUUGUCACAAGUACGCAUGAGUCAUUUUCGUUUGGCACAUGAUGUGCCUCAGAACCCAGUUCUACAAACAAUGAGGAGCCGUUCACUCCUGGGGUGUUGCUUAUUGUGUCAAGUGUGGGAGGAGGCCUCUGGUCAGGUCCAACUGGCAUGGCUUGUUUCUCUGAGCCCUGUGGUAUUAUUAACUCCUGAUGUUGCCAAUAUGCCCAUACACCUCUGAUGCCUGAGAGGGGUGGGGAGCUGCCCUUGACUUGAGGAGAACUUGCGGUGGAAAGGGAGAUGUGCAAUGCAGUUGCAAAUGUCUUUAGAAGACACAGUAAAACUUAACCAUAAAGGAGAUAUCUUCCUAUACACAUAAAAAUAUAAGGCUGUCAUCAUGCAGUCUCCACUGGAGCAUUUGUAGCGCUGUGUUACAAUCCUGAAUUGUCAUAAAGUCAGGAAAGGGGAUGGAAGUGAAAGAGAAGGCAGGUUUUAAGACGACGGCGUUAAACAACAGCAGAGGUUUGAAUAAAGCAGGGAUGGAGAGACACAAAGGAGCACUGAAGAAGUUAUGAGGGAACAGGGAGAGUGGGGGCCUGGGUGAGGUGGAAUGGGAAGAAGUUGAGGGUAGGCAGGAUUAGUGAGCAGCACAAGGCGGGGCAGCCAGUGUGUGUGUGUGAUCUUGUGAUCACAUCCACACCAAGGGCGAUACAGUGGUACCUCAGGUUACAUACGCUUCAGGUUACAUACGUUUCAGGUUACAGACUACGCUAACCCAGAAAUAGUACCUCAGGUUAAGAACUUUGCUUCCAGAUGAGAACAGAAAUUGCACAGCGGCGACGCAUCAGCAGCAGCGGGAGACCCCAUUAGCUAAAGUGGUGCUUCAGGUUAAGAACAGUUUCAGGUUAAGAACAUACCUCCAGAACGAAUUAAGUACUUAACCCGAGGUACCACUGUAUUCAACUGGGUUUUACUCAGAGUAGACCUAUUGAAAACAAUGGCCCUAGCUUAGGCUGCAUAAAUACUAUACCUUUAAAGCACAUUUGAAGCUCAUUCUUCCCCUCAAAGAAUUCUGGGCACUGUUGUCGACCCCUCGCAAAUUCCAUCAACCCUUAACAAACUACUGUGUCCAGAAUUAUUUGAGGGUGGCGGAGAAUGUGAUUUGAAUGUGCUUUAAAGCUAUAGCAUCUAUGCAGCCGUAGUCAUGCUUGUUAAUUUCAGUGGUUCUGCAUUUAAAGCAGGAUCACUCCUGACUGCUCAGGGUGACAUGAGUGUUGUUACGAGACCCUCAUUCCCUUCACAGAGCUCCAGUUCCCACAAUUCCCUGGGAAGAGGGAUUGAUCAUUGAACCAGUCUGAGAGCUGUAGCCCAGUGAGGGGAAUAGGAGUCUCCUAACAGUACUUGGAACGCUUAACAAACUAGAGUUCCCCUUUCCCCACCCCAAUCUCUGAGCAGUGUGAGAUUCCUGGGGUGCCAGGAAUUCCUUUGGAAUGAGGCACAGCAGAGACUGUGGUGUCGUCUUUAGGACAUAUGGUUUAUUUACACAUAUAUUCAACUUGAGCCUAUGAUGGAGAGGUUGACAGCAUUAACACCCCAAGAGGGCCUUGCUUCUCCCAUAGCCACAGCUUUGGAUUCAAACAUCUCUCCCCCUCUUUCUUUUCCCAGCUUGCUGCUUUUCUUCUAGCUCACCUUCCUGCACUCUCCACUCUGCCCUUUUGUCUUUCUAACUAACCAUGAGUUUAGGAAGGCCCCCCCACAGAGGGCUAUCUCAUACAGAGCCCCCUUCCUUUGUUCCCUUAAUGGCCCAUCACCCAGGCUAUCACCUAAACAGGAAGCUAGCCUGGCUUUUCCAAGAGUUUCCAAGGUGGCCCAGGCAUUUGGCCUAAACCUUUCCGCAAACUCGUAACAGUAUGUUAAUCCUAAUAGAUAUGAGAGGGUUUAAGGCAGAUGUGGGAAGCUAAUUGGCAGAUUGCUAUCAGUGAAGAGGUGUGGACCUCAGUGGAGGAAAUUUCCAUUUAAAUUGAUCUCUGCCUCUGCAAGAGAGAUAGCAUAAGAGUGCAAGAAUGGCACCUCACACCUAUUUAGUUAUACAUACAGUGGUACCUCAGGUUACAUAUGCUUCAGGUUACAUACGCUUCAGGUUACAGUCUCUGCUAACCCAGAAAUAGUGCUUCAGGUUAAGAAAUUUGCUUCAGGAUGAGAACAGAAAUCAUGUGGUGGCAGCACAGCAGGAGCGAGAGGCCCCAUUAGCUAAAGUGGUGCUUCAGGUUAAGAACAGUUUCAGGUUAAGUACGGACCUCUGGAACGAAUUACCAGUAAGUAUUUAACCCGAGGUACCACUGUAUAGCUAACCUAUAUGGCUAGCUGAUAUUAGUUUCUAGUACAGUGGUACCUCGGGUUAAGAACUUAAUUCAUUCCGGAGGUCCGUUCUUAACCUGAAACUGUUCUCAACCUAAAGCACCACUUUAGCUAAUGGGGCCUCUCGCUCUCGCUGUGCCGCCACCACAUGAUUUCUGUUCUCAUCCUGAAGCAAAGUUCUUAACCCGAGGUACUAUUUCUAUGUUAGCGGAGUCUGUAACCUGAAGCGUAUGUAACCCGAGGUACCACUGUACUGUACACAUCAAACUGUUGGAGAGGUUUCCAGAUGUCGGGUUCUAACCAACAUAUGUGGUGGGCAUGUGGAAAAGUGGCUCAUUUCUGGGGGGAUGUAUUUGUCCAAAUAAAAGCAAUUACUGCACAAAAUGUCUCUAAAUGUUCAGAUCUGGCGCUCCUCAGUCUUUACAUGGGAGGUAAUAUUAACUUAACAGCUCAAACCUCUAAUACGUUCUCUACUGCUAGCAGCUGUGCUCAUGAUAAAGAGAUACGUAGAGGGCGUCUCUCUGACAAAUUGGUACAACAAAGUAUAGCUAAUAGUACCUGUGGAAAUAAAUACAUAAUAGACUCAAACUGGCACAAUGUUUAAAACACAAGUACUCUUUUUGUAUUGGAUUGGCACAGUUUUGUUAUGUACAGGGCUAAAAAAAAGGAAACUCAAUUGCUCCACUCACGUUAUAAAACAUUUUUGUUACCAUAAACUGUUUACUGCCAUCUUUAAAAAUAGUAGUGUGGGAUAAGAACCUAUUACGUUAUUUGGUCGUUAUUGUGCAUGUGUUAUUUAAGCACGAGCUUCUGUGUUAGGCUGGUAUAUUUAAUCACUUAUUGGUAUAAUGUUGCUGCAUGUUGAAAUGAUUUAAUAACAAAAUAGAAAAUAAAUUUAAGAAUUAAAAACAAAGCAAGCUACAGUUCCAAGGAUUCUUUGAAGGGAGCUGUUGACUGUUUAAAGUGGUAUAAUACUUCUUUAAAGGUGCAGAUGGGGCCAUACAUUUAACUCAGAUUUAGAGCACAUGGCUUGGCCCAAAGAAUCCUAGAACCUGAAGUUUACCCCUCACAGAGCUACAUUUUCCAGGACUCCUAACAAAUGACAACUCCCAGGAUCCUUCGGGUGAAUUCAUAUGCAGCAAAUGUGCUUCAAAUGUAUAGUGUGGAGGUGACCUUUCUGUCACAAUCCUAGAAAGCAAGUUAGUGGGGUGUCACCUCAUGAAACUUCUUCACAAAUGGAUAAUUAUCUUGUGGAAUUCACUAAGACAGCUUUUUUUUAAAGGAGAGAAUUAGGAUGCUUCCAGACUGUCAACCUCAUUCUGACUGCAAUUCAGUCAUAUCCUGGCAAGUUCAGGAUGUGAAAUUAGAAUUGAUUGGGUGGUCUUGCGAUGAUGCAAACCCACUUCCCCCAAAUAAUCUGUCUUUUUGCGGUCUUUAAGGAAAGGGAUGGGGUGGGGAAUGCAGCGCAAUGUCAUCUAAUUCUCCUCAUGAACAAAUGUGGCUCAUGAAACAGGUUGCUUCCCAACCUGAGGCAAAUUCGUGGAGGUCGCUCAGCAACUGUUGGCCACAGUGGGAUGAUCUCCAUGUUUGCAGUACCAGAUGCUGCUGAGAAACAAGGAGAGCCAUCCGUUGCCUUUCUGCGUCUUGCCUGUGUGCUUCUCAGAAGCAGCCACUGGAGCAGAAUGCCAGAUGGGACCUUUGAUACGAAGCAACAGGCUCCUCCGCUGCUCUUGCAAACCUCCAAGGCACUUCAAUUGAUUGUAGGGGAGCUGAAAUCUAAGUGCACUAUAAUUUAUUCCCCCCCCCCCGCUCCUCCUCUAUACCAGAAAGAGGGAAUAAAUUAUGCCAGGGCAUUGUGGGAUCUGGGGGUGCUUGCAGAUGACCUGUUUUAUUGAGCAUUCAUCCUGAUUUGUCUGCCGGGAGAUUAGAUGAUGUUGGCUGUUUAAUGAGCAUUUUUUACUCUGCUUUCUUUGGUGAGGCGGUUCAAUAUCAGUUGCAUCAAAUUAAGUCCUAUUUCACACCUGCCUCUGCAUUCCCUGUCACUUACCUUAUUGCAAAAGUCUAAUCUUUUGGGGAAGCAGAUUUGUUGUGCAAGAGCUCCCAACCAGCUUUAACGGUGCAGCUGGAGUUUGCCAGUAAGCGAUUGAAUUCCACCUGGAAAUAACAUGAAUCUGGAAGCACCCUGGGCUCCAAACUCUAAGGGCCUGCCCACACUAUGGCUUAAUGUAACCCCUUGUGACCCCUUUAAAACAGGAGUCCCUCUCAUCCAUUUGGCAUUCUUCCCCCAGCUACUGGUGUCUCACAUUUUCUCCCUUCUAAAUCUGGGAGUUCCCUAUGAUUUGAAUAUCUGAGCUGCAUCAGUUGCAUAGGGAAUCUCCGGAUUAAGGGAGGAUAAAGUGUGGGAGAGCCAUAUUUGGAGAACACUAGUCACAGUGAGGGUGGAUUAAAUGAGGCACAAGGGAUUCACAAACUGAGUUGUGGAUGGGCCCUAACUCCUUUUCACCUGGUCCAAUUCACUGCUCCACACUAUUGUAUUCUCUCACCACCACACCUGAUAUUUCAUAAAUCUUCCCCUCUCUUUUAGAAGCUCCAUCGCCAUCCGUCUCACAGCCACAGAAUUUCUUCACUUGGGAAUCAUCCUUUUUCAGCCAACUUCUGCCUCCAGUCAACACCCUUUCUGUUAUCUGCGGAGUCCCAGGAUGUUCAAGGAAUAUUUCCAAUACAAGGGGAUCAGUUUUCCUCAAAUUAUCUACUCAGGACAGGUGCUGCAGAUGGUGGAAAACAACUUCCAAGUUCGGGACGACGAUAUUUUCAAUGUCACCUACCAAAAAUCAGGUACAGGGGAAAUGUCUUUGAAAUGCUCCCAACAGGUUGUGCUCAGUUUCCCUAGUUAGAGCUGAGCACCAAGGGAUCUUUAUUAAUGAUGCAGAAACUCAGACAAGCCAGUUGUAAGGUAGUGACACACUUUUAUUCUAAUCUCAUCCAGCAAGCUUGGCAUGUGGUUAGCUCAGCUACGCUUUGUACACACACAAUAGGUGUCACGUGACAGCUGAGAUUAAACUUCUUAACAAGCCAUUAUUUCUGAGAUCUCCCUAAUAAAAAAAGGCCGCUUUGCAGAGGUGAGUAUUUUCCACCAUGUAUCUUGGCACAAUGCCUCACCCAAUGCACACACAAUGCCUCACAUGUGAGGUGCAGGAUAUUGUGGAGGGUGUAUUCCAUUUACUUAUUUGUCCAGACCUGCAAAUCCAAAACAACCUCACCCAGUCCUUAGCUUCUCUUGUUACAAGCACAGGCUGGUUGUAAGAAGUCACAGAAGGGAAUAUUGACUACCUGCCCCUUCUUCAAGGUCAGUGGGUUCAGAUAGCUGAAUUCAUUGUUUCUGGGAUCAAGGGAUGCAGGUAAAUGUUAUUAAGCACAGCUUCUUUUUUCAUAAUGUUUUGAAUUUUACAUAUACUGCAAACUUGUGGGCUUCCCGGGCAACCUGUCUUAUUCAGCAUUCAUCCUGACACAGGGAGAUUAGAUGACAUUCCCUCCUUGAUAAGCAUCCACUCUGAUUUGUUGUGGAGAGGCUAGAUGACUUUGGGCAGUGGCGCCAACUUGAAUAAAAUAUUGGGGGAACCCCACCACUCUGCCCCCCGCCAGAAGGUCGCCAGAAGGAUGGAGUGAAAGAGGCUGGAGACAAGGGAGUGCAGCCCAGGCUGAGUCCCCACCCCCAGCCCAGCACAGGCUGCAUUCUGAGGCCCAGGCAGCUGGGCUCUGGGCAUGGGAGGUGGUGCUAUCCGAGCCGGGGCUGGCACUGAGAUGCUGAACUAUGGAGCUCACUGGCACACGACAGUAGGCCUAGCCUGCGCACUGCUGCCUCCUCUCACUGCCCCAGGGGUGCCAUCUUGGGGGGGGCAGGCCCUUCAAUAUUUUCAAGGCCUCCCAAAUUCUGCUACGAUCCUCAAAAGCACAUGCUAGGGUGAAGCACCCCUUUGACGAUCACCUUCCAGGAAAGUAUUGUAUUGGUAGAGCACAGCCCAGGAGGGAAUCGUUGCCCGUGGGCAGGCUGGAGCUAGGCACUUCCGAACUAACCUGUGCUUCUUUUGGGGCUCCUUCAUAGGGACCGUGUGGAUGCUGGAGAUUUUAAGCCUCAUCCGUAGCAAUGGUGACCCCAGCUGGUGCCGGACAGUUCCCAACUGGGACCGAGGGCCUUGGUACGAGACCGUGAUAGGAUACAGAAUAGCUUUGACCAACAAGUCACCACGCAUUAUCAGCUCCCACCUGCCGGCACAGCUCUUCGCAAAGUCCUUCUUCAAAUCCAAAGCCAAGGUAAGACAGAAGAAGACCUUACUGAGACACACUCCCAAUGAUUUUCAUAGCCCCCCCAAUGAUAUCCCCACCUUUUCUGCCAACAGGUCAUCUACACAGUCAGGAAUCCCAAAGAUGUAUUGGUAUCCCUCUACCAUUUUGCUUCCAUGUUUCGUCCCUAUAAAGACCCCGGCACCUUGGACCAGUUUCUGGAGGGCUUCCUAAAGGGAGAUGGUGAGUGAACUGAGGGGGUGGGAGGCAGGGGCAGUGUUCUCCCCCCUUUAGUUUAGAGGGUCAUGCCUUCUCCCAGCCCCCUACCACCCACCCUUGGUAUUCCUCAUGCCCCACACGGUUCCUGCCUAACACCGAUUGUGUGGUUGCAGUGCCUUUCGGAUCCUGGUUUGACCACGUUAAAGGCUGGCUGAACUUGAAGGACAAGGAAAACUUCUUCUUCAUCACAUACGAGGAGCUGCAAGAGGUUGUUAUUAUGUUAUUAUGCUAGUAAAAUACAGCUUUGCAUUUUUGCAAGCACGGAUACAUCCUGCCACCCGGAGCAGAAUGUAUCCAGGCUUGUUAAGAUAGCUCGAACCUGAAGGUCGCGAAAAGUGUGAGAACUCCCACACUCUCUCUCUCUCCAUGCCGGAUUGUGUGGGUAUGUGGAUUUCUUGGCUUCAGAUCUGACUGGCACAUCUUCUCCCCCUGUCCCCAGCACCCCCAUGUUCAAAUGUGUGGGGCACAAUGCAUUUAAAGCACAAGGCACCGACCCCCAUGCAGAUCCUGGGAACUGAAGAUUAUCCUUCUCAGAGCUACAAUUCCCAGCACCCUUAACAAAAUGCAGUCCCCAGGAUUCUUUGGAGGAAGUCUUGUGCCUUAAAUAUGCAGUGUGGAUGUGGUUGCUGCCUUUCUGUUCUCUGCAGGGCCAGCCCUACCAUGAAGUGGAGCGAAGCAACUGCCUUGGGCGGCAGCUGCAAUAGUCCAUUUCCCUCCCCUGAGUCCCCAAAGCUAGCCUGCUCUGGGCUCCCUAAGGUAGCCUGUUGUCCUCAGAUACAGUGAGGGGUGUUGUCCCAUUGCCAGCACUGAACUGUGGCUUUGUACAAACUAUACAUUUAAAGCACAUUCAAAGUACGUUCUCUCCCUCAAAGAAUUCUGGUCACCGUAGCUGACCCCUCACAGAGUUACAGUUGCCAGCGACCCUUAACAAACUACACUGCCCAGAAUUCUUUGUGAGGCAAAAGGUGCUUCAAAUGUGCUUAAAAGGUACAGCCGCUUGACACAUUUACACCAUACAUUUAGAGCAUACCCAUUGCACAUUCAUAGUGCAUUACUUCCCCCCAAAGAAUCCUGGGAAUUGAAGUUUGUUAAACCACUCUGGGAAGUGUACCUCUGUGAGGGGAAAACCACAGUUUCCAGGAUUACUUGGGGAAAGUCAUGUGCUUUAAAUAUCUGUCAGCUGUGCUUUAAAUGCAUUGUGUGGAUCUGCCUUAAGAUUCAGCUGACAGUCUGGUUGGAUUCUGUACAGGUUAUUAGGGUGGGCAUGAGGGAUGCUAGUCAGAUCACUGGAGAAAUUAUGAGGUAGAGGAUAACCUCCUAUGUUUCCAGCAAGGGACGUAAAAACAUCCAGGUUAAAGACCUUUCCAGCAAUCUGGGUGUCUUUGACUGUGCAUUAAAAAUGAAACAAAAAACCAAAGACCAACUUUCUACCUGUUUAAUUACUUUGAUCCAGCCCUGUCCAUAAAUGAGUGAGUUGAGAGCAUAGUGGGAGACCCAGAUCUUCUCUAUCUCUACCAGGGCUUCUCAAACUUCUGAGUUCAUUGACCUCUUGAUGGACUCCCAAAUUCUUAGGAAUGCAAAUUCCUUAAAGUGUAAAGACAUGCUGGAGCUCUGGUAUUCCUGGUGAGCCCAUUCCCCUUUCAAGCUGAGGGCUCUUCUUGUCACCCUCAGCUUCCUUCCUUUAUACUCCUGACAUUUUCCUGCCACCUUGCCUCCCCAGACUUAGCAAACCUCCUUCCUCUCUUCAUCUCCUCCAUCCUUCCAAGGCAACGUUUGCCAUCCCUUUUUAUUCAGCUGCCAGCGCCCUUCUCUUAAUGAUGCCCUUUGCCCUUAUCCCUGCUUCAGUCAGAAUAUUGCUCUGGCUAUCUUCACUUCUUUGUCUGUUUUCUAUUUGACGUUCUGCUUGGUCCCUUUCUGUUUCACAUAUUCAUUCUCUCUUCCAGUCUCACUCUCGCCUUUCUGCCAGGCCCUUGUCCUACCUUCACUCCUGCACUCCUUUAGUGUAGGACAAUUCUUCCAUUCACCCACAGUCUCUGCUGCUACACCUUUUGGUCCUGCUUCCAUUUCUGUACGCAGGUUCCUCAUCUCCUGUUUCCCCUUUCUCAGCGGCUUAGACCCCACACCUGAGGUGUCUCUCCUCUCCCUUUGUCCUCUGUCAGGCUGGGCAGCGCUGUAUCAUCACCCCUGCAAAUGUCACUUCCAAUUGAACCUUCUGGUUGAACUGCCAACACUUCAGCGCACCAGAGACGCAGCCCCCCUGCAUGUUCCUCACAGUAAUUUUGGCCCCCUUCCUCAAACUGCGAUUGCUGAAUCACCAUCUGUUUGUUGCUUUGGAAUUGCCACAACAGCCCGGUUAGCUUUGAAACUCUUUCCAUGUGUGGUGUCAAUGUGCUUAAGCGUGUUUAUCUCAAGUGUGCAUCCUCUGCAGCUGCUUACAAUUUCCGCCAUCAUUCUCCAGGACCUGCGAGGAAGCGUAGUCCGAAUUUGCCAGUUCCUGGGCAAGGACUUAGACGAUGCAGCCAUAGACUCAGUGGUGGCGAAUGCCUCCUUCGAGGCCAUGAAAAGCAACAAGAUGUCGAAUUUCUCCCUCUCGCCCCGCUUCCUCAUGAACCAGAAGAAAAGUGCUUUCCUCCGCAAAGGUGACAGUAGGAUGGGCUGGGAGUGAUCUGUCCGCAGUGUGUGCCUCAAUUAGGGGUGGCAGCCAUUGGGAAUCCCCCACAAAUAGUCUGGUGGCAAAUUUAUUAUGCCAUAAGUUUCCGUGGACUUCAUAAGAUGCAUGGAGUGUGAUCCUUCAAUUCCAGGUGCAUAUAAUAACGAACAUGGGUGUAAAGCUCAGGGGAAUGUUAAAGCUGAAGUCCAAUAGCAAUUAAAUGCAAAAGGUGCAGUGAGCUCCUUAAAUGUAUGGGAUCACCAGUGAUCUUAUGAAGCAGACUUUCAAACACAAAGGCUUGUGCUAUAACAAAUUAGCUAGGUUUCAAAGUGCCACAAGGUGCUUAAUUUUUAUUAUUAUUAUUUUUUGCCAUGACAGACCGCCCUCUAGGUGUGUGUACUAGCCUCAGCUCCGCAGCAGUACCAGACAGAACCUCCCCUCAGUACUACUUGUUGGUUCUGUGUUAGGCUCCUAGGGGGUUAUCCUCUGUCUUCCCAAUUCCUACAGUUCCCUCAUGGGAUCCCCAGCUCACCCCAGUUAAUUUGUGUGUUUGUGUGUGCAUGUGCUCUCGCGCGCGAGCACACACACAUACACUUAUGCUUAUGUGUGCCUUGAUAAAACACUGCAACAAAACAAUCUUGGCGUGAUCUUAUUUAUGGCGAGGGCUGGGCAAACCUAUCAAUUUCGGUUCCCCCCAGUUCUUCAUUUUCCCAGUCUUCAUUUCAGUUCUCCACAUUUCAGUCUGCAAUGAAAAACAAAAAUUUCUUGAAGAUUCAUCAAAAUUUCAGUGCAAGCUUCUCAAAGUAUAAACAUGGCUAUUUUGCAACUUGUAUAGAAUUUUGCCUAAUAUGCACAUGUUUUCGCAAAAUAUAGUUUCUCCCAAAAUAAUGCAUUUUUGCAUGUUACUUUCAUGAAUAUAUGCAUUUCUAUCAAUGCUUUACCCCCAAUAUAUGCAUUAUUGUACAUAUUAGUUGGCUUGCAAACUGCAUUGAAAAAGUUGUAGAAGUGCAAACCGGAGAAGAGUGAAUUUCUGACGAUGGCUGUGUUUUGUUUCUUGCAUUGUUUUGGAAAGAGAUAAUUAAGGUAGGUUCAUCUUUAAAUGUGAACUGAAUCAAAUUUCUCCCCCAUCUCUACUUAUGACUUCAUCAAGUUUUAUGUAAGUGAUCUUUGACUGCACAUGUAACCCCAUGCACUGGUGAAACACUGCACCCAAAGGAUAUUGAUGCAACCAUACGUUCUGUCCCACCAAGGUUGCUUUUUUUGCAGUGUUUUAUCAAGACACAUGUCUGGAUCCACAAUGCAGAGUGAAGAAAAAGGCAGAAUAUGCAGCGAAGGAACUAAAAUCUAUAGCAAACACCACAGGCACAACACUACACAAAAUCUGGGGCAGGGAACAAAUUCCUAAUGCAUUGGUUUGACUUGGAAAGAAAAAAAAAGGGUAAUUUACAAUCUAGGAAAUGAGAAUUUUGGAAGCAUCCUUGUUUCUUGCUCAGUAACUUGCAGCUGUCAGGUAUGAUGUAAAUCAGCUCUGCUCAAAAACAUUUUUAAUUAAGGUGAGGCAGUUGCAAAAGCUCACUUUCCAGUGUUGCCCUGAUCUCCAGUCCCUGGGUGAAUGCAGGAAGCACCAGUGAGUUCAUCCGGGAUGGGAGGAGGAAGAUGCUAUUCCCCUGUAUUGUUAUGCAAUUCCCCAAUCUCUCAGCGGUGAGAGGAUUCAAGGGUGCAGCACCUUUGGCUUCCUUUGGAAUGAGGUCACUGGAAGCUUACUGGCGUUUUGUAAUAUUUGUGCUUGUUUGCAAAUGCACAGGUUGAACAUAGGUGGAGGCAUGACAUUAGGCACCCCAACAGACCCCUGAGAAGUUCACUGGCAUCCAUACCUAGGAGAACUGACAGUGCCUUCAGGGCUCCAAAGAUGCUCGCUCUGUGUCUUUCUUUAGCCUCCCAGCAACUCUUCCAAGUCUAUUUUUGUCUCCUGCCUGCCUGUAUACACCCAGCUGGGAGUGGAGAGAGACAGACGCUUCCCAUUCAGAUCUUUGCCACCCAUUAAAAAGGGCAGCCUUUAAGAGACAUCAGCCUACAAUUUCCCUAACAAUGGGGAAGCUGACAGGCCUAAACUUGCCCAGCUGGUUUGAUCUACUCCAGUAGUCCCUUUUAGAAUCAUGGGAUUGGAGGGGAUCCUCAGCUCAGCCGCCAAUCCCAUCCUAACGAUAGUUAGCUAAAGAAUUUAGGACACAGGGCAAAAUGUACAGGCAUUGUUCUCACAUUUUGUGUGUGAGAAAUUUGCUUGCCUCCCACUUUCAGUGUUUUCCUUUAUCCCCCCUCCUCACAAACCCUCACACAAAAAACCCCCAAACCCUGCAGACACCUGCAGUUCUUCCCUCCGUCCCCAAAUCCCCAGAUACCAAUCAGAGAAUGUUCCUGCUGUCCUUGCACCCCCAGAGUCAUGUGGCUGGUCCCUGUGAGAGCAGGAAGCUGGACCAGAUGGGCCAUUGGCCUGAUCCAGCAGGGCUCUUGUGUGUAGCCAUCAUUUGUUGUUGUUGUUUAGUCGUUUAGUUGUGUCCGACUCUUUGUGACACCAUGGACCAGAGCACGCCAGGCACUCCUGUCUUCCACUGCCUCCUGUAGUUUGGUCGGACUCAUGUUGGUAGCUUGGAGAACACUGUCCAUCCAUCUCGUCCUCUGUUGUCCCCUUCUCCUUGUGCCCUCCAUCUUUCCCAACAUCAGGGUCUUUUCCAGGGAGUCUUCUCUUCUCAUGAGGUGGCCAAAGUAUUGGAGCCUCAGCUUCAUGAUCUGCCCUUCCAGUGAGCACUCAGGGCUGAUUUCCUUCAGAAUGGAUAGGUUUGAUCUUCUUGCAGUCCAUGGGACUCUCAAGAGUCUCCUCCAGCACCAUAAUUCAAAAGCAUCAUAGGAAUUGCCUAAGAAUCUGGCAGGGUUGUCCUCUCUCCCCGUUAUUGUUUAUUUUAGUAUUGGAAGUUCUGAUGCGAAGUAUCAGAGCAGAUGAGAACGUUAGAAAAAUAAAGGUAGGAAGUAAGGAAUUUAAAUUGAAAGCAUUCACAGAUGAUUUAGUAAUCACUGUAGAAGAUCCAACAAUCUUACUUGAACAGGUUAUUUAUAAGAUACAAGAGUUUGGACAAGUUGCUGGUUUCAAACUUAAUAAAAAUAAAAUGAAAUUAUUGGUUUAAAAUAUCCUGAAACAGGAUAAAGAAAAAAUUCAACAAGAAAUAGGUAUAAAUAUUCACAACAAAGCGAAAUACUUAGGGAUAUGGCUAACACCAAGGAAUAUUAAUAUGUAUAUAUAAAGAUAAUUAUGAAAAAGUUUGGAAAGAAAUAAAAAGGAAAUUAGAAAUCUGGAACAGAACGAACUUGUCAUUAUUAGGGAGAAUUUCAGUGAUCAAGAUGAAUGCCUUGAAAAAAUGUUGGUUUUAUUCCAAUCAAUUCCAGUGAUAAGUAAUAUAGCAUUUUUAAAGACCGGCAAAAGGAUAUUUCAAAAUUUAUAUGGCAGGGCAAGAAGCCGAGAAUAAAAUAUAGAUUAUUAACAGAUACUAAAAAAAGAGGAGGCUUCUCACUGCUGGUCAUGAAAUUAUACUAUGAAGCUUUAUGUAUUUGUUGGAUCCGAGAAUGGAUCAAAUUAAAAAAAUACAGAACUAUUGGAUUUGGAAGGGCAUGAUAAUAGAUUUGGCUGACACGUCUACCUAUGGUAUGAAAAAGCUAGAAUACACCAAAGUUUCCAAAAUCAUAUAAUUAAGAAAGUGAUAUUUAAAGUUGGGGCAAGUAUAAAGAUUUAUUGGAACAAAAAACACCACAGUGGCCUAAAAAUCUGACCAGUGGUCCCUCCAUUCCAGCACUGAGCCCAACCAAUGAAAUGAUCUUAGGGAGCUCAUAAAGGCCGUGUGGUGUAAUGGUUAGAAGGCUGGAAUAAAACCUGACAGACCAGGGUUCAAAUCCCAACAGGGUCGUGAAGCUCACUGUAUGACCUUGGGUCAGUAAUAGUCUCCAGCCUAACCCUACCUUAUAGAGUUGUUGAAAGGAUAAAAUGGAGUGGGGGUGGGAGAACUAUCUACAUCCCGGUGAGCUCCCUGAAAGAAAGGGGGCAUGGACAUGUCAUGAACAAGGCAGCAAACCGUGCUUGAUGGAAAAAGCAAUCCUUAGCUGUUGCCUCUAAUUUCAGUAACCACUGUUCCUUGCUUUGUUAACCCAACAAAGCAAGGCUAUUCUCAUGUUCUUAUACUACCUCUGAAUGCACCUCUAUUUUUAGCUGUUACCAAUAAGAAUCACUGAUAGGAAGACACACUCUCCCUGACUCUGCCUGUUCCUCAUCAGACAAGGGGCAACAUCACAGCUCUUGGUGGUCAUCACGUGCUUGUAGAAAUAUUUCUUCCUCCAUGUCUAUCCUGAGAAUAACUGGCAAUUACUUUCUGUUACUGGUUUCCAGGGAUAUCCGGUGACUGGAAGAACCAUUUGACCACCACGCAGAGCGAAUGUUUUGACCAGGUCUACCAGGAACGCCUACGAGACUUAAACGUCACAUUUCCGUGGGACAAAGAAUGAAUCUGGCCUUCGCCGCUGACUCUCUCCAACACCGGACUGAUUUAAUAUCUCAAUGGGAUACCAAUGGUGUCUCAGCACAACACGCUGUAGAUUAGUGGGGACAUCUGGGGUGGGCCAGAACUCCUGGAACUGUGGGAGGAGAAUGGGGUGUAGUGAGAACUGGAGUCAGAGCUCCAGGAAGGGAGUGAGCUGUGGCGGAUUAGAUUCCAGAGGUCACCCAACUAUGGCUCUUAAGCCCUGAGCAAUCAGGGCACAUGGCCAGGAAGGCGCAUGUUGCAGCAACCUUGCUGAAGCUAAGCAGGUCUGGGUGUGGUCAGCAGAAGACCACCUGAAUAGCCCUUUGUGCGAUGUCUUAAGUUCCAUGAUGGGAGAAAGGAUGUAUUGUAAUAAAAUAAACCAAUAUCCAAUGG